UGAGAUGAUUGAGCGAUUCGCAUUCAAGGCAGGGAGACGACAUGACUGAAGAGAAGAUGAGUAUAAUACAGAAUGUGCAGGUGGUACAAGUGGGGAGUGAAUGCUAGUAUAUGGCUAUGCUACGUUGCUUGAAGUUCAAGAAUGUCGGCUCGUCGCGCUAUCCACACUGACCAGCGUCCCAUUCCUAGCUCCUCUUUCCAAAAGAAGGAGGUUACAGCCAGUCUCACGGGUGUAAAAACCCACAAGGGACAUCCAGUCAGAUUCAAGGUAUUACCCCAAAUGGGAUCCAGCGCAAUCGAUCCCAUCGACACAGACCCUUUUUAGGAAAGUCUGAUCAAUGCCUGCUCUUUGU